GAAUUACAACAUCCGGGACGUUCAAAAUCACCGCCGGGUGUCCGAAACAUUUACAACAACAAGAUAAACUGUCAAUAAAAACAAAGUUCACUACGUAAACCGCAAACCGUCGGUAUUCUAAACGUUAACGGCUGCUCACCAUCAUGGACCGGAGGAGGAUCGACGCUGCGUCCGGUAGGCAGCAGCAGCAGCAGCAGCAGCAGCAGGCGGUGAAAACAAACCGACUGAGGAGGAGCUUCAGGCAGACCCAGCAGACACAGACAGCGGCGGAGGCAGACUCUCCAAUCAACCAAAAGUCUGAAUUUAAGACCCCGACCCGGAUCAAGAGCUCCAGGACAGCUGUUUUCAGCGCAGAGUCUCCGCACAACGACUCAGACUUUCAGCAGGACAUCAUUUGGGACGCCAGCUCUCCUUCCCCCAACAGACUCGGUAAAAGAGCAGCCAGGAAGCAGCCUGCUCGGGUUGCGAACAUCUCAGACAUCGUAAACAGGAUCGCUCCAAAGCAUGGCAGACCCAAGGUUGCAGAGCCGAUGUUGCAGCAGUGGAUCGGAGACACCAUUCCCUGCACGCCUGAUGUUCAAGUUCCCAAACUCAAGAAGAAAUCCCUGAGACUGAACGCGGUGGACGACCUGCUGAAGCUGGCCAAGCAGUUUGACUUCAACAUGUGUCAUCAGGACGAAGAAGAGGAAGAGGUGGAGGACCUUCAUCAGCAGAGUCUGGAGCUGCUGUCAGACGACAUUUUGGAUCAAAUCGACUUCUCCCCUUCCCUUCCUGAAAACCGUCGCCCGGCUGUGGAGGCAGUGGCUGGGACCGAGGUUCAGCUCAGCCUGGAUCAACACAUGGAGGACGAUUUGGACCUCCUGUUUGAUGGACCGACCCAACGUUUAAGCGGGAACUUAAGUCAGGUGUUUUCAGCUCAGCCGUCCCAAGUGAAACCCGCAGCCAAAAGGGUUUCUGGGAAAACGUCUGCUUUAUCACACACUCCCACUCCCGUUGUUUCCACGACAAACAUUAAAGAUGACUUUGACGACGAUUGGGACAACGACGACUUGCUAAACGACUCUUUGGUGUUGGAGAUGACGCAGAAUCCUCAUAAAUUCAUUUCCCCAAAGCACUCUUCAACCCAGAAACAACCCAGUCAAAUCACAUUUCCAAGAGAAAGUCAAACUAAUGUUCAAUCAGCUGUUUCUAAAGUGGAGAAGCCUACUGUGAGGCAAAGAGCGAGUUUCAAACUGGAGCCCAAUCCUAAUUUCCCUGUCAAACUAAUCCAGACGGACACUUGGGCCAAUUCGAAGAUGGAUUACAGCUUGAAGAAAGACCCUACGCAAAACACGUUUUCUUCCGGAAACAGUGUUUUAAAAAAGGCGGGUUCUCAGCCUACCUGGCAAACAUCAAACACGGUGAAAUCAGAACCACUGAAACCCCAAUUGAAUCAAAAGACUUCUGUUUCCUCUUCUUCUUCUGCUGCAUCAAACAUGCAAACGUCGAACACAGUGAAGUCAGAUCCACAGAGACAACCGUUUAAUCAGAGGACCUGUGUUUCUAAAUACAACACGCCUACUGCUACUGCAUCGAACACUUCAAAAACAGCUCAAAUGUUCCCAAUAAAACCCGCAGUAGCUUCAACGCCUGCCUUCUCCGAACACCAGGAGGAGGACUUGUCGAAUUUCUUCGAGUCCGACCCGGUUUGGGAUGACCUGGCUGACGACGACCUGCUGUGUGAAAUGUGCGAAGACGUGGAGAACCAGAUCCAAAACGUGCCCCAAGCUUCUACAAAACAGCCUCCUCCCUCGAGUCCCGCGUCAAACCAGAGAGCGCCGCUUCAGCCGUACAACAGGAACCAGCAGCCAGCCAAUCAGCAGAGUUUUAUACCGAAAAAACCAACACCAACAAAUGUUUCUUCUGCAUCAGGAAGAGCCGCUGGCAGCUCAUUGGCUGCUGGGUUCAUCUCUGACGUCGGGGCACAGGUGACAAAUUCUUUCCGAUCCACACAAGUGCAAAACUCCACAAACGGCUCGGGGUGUGUGCAGUCAGCAGUGCAGGGAUGCAAGGGCCAGUUCAGCUUCAAGAAGCCUAACAACCCGGUUCCUACUGUAAACAGCUCAGAUGUUGGUAAAUGCUCGGCAGCAGAGAUCGCGCUGAAGAAGCAGCAGGCGAUGGAGAAAAGACGACAGCGACUUCAGGCCACCCAAAACCUCCGAACUCCAAGCUGAGGGAGGCAAACCGGCCUCGAAAAUAACAACACACCUGUCUCCGCUCACCGGUCUGAAGAGGACACCAAACAGAAACAGCUGUCCGAGCUCCACCUGUGCAGCAGGACUCUAAACACAUUCCUGAGGACUUUCUCAAAUGUAAGAGUUUAAAUCAGCAUUUCUCGUACAAAUGUGUGAUUAAAAACCGUAAUGAUGUUUAUGUCGAGUUUCUAAUCUAUUUUAAAGGUGUCCUGUUUUUUAGAUCAUGGCACACAUGGCCUAUAUGCUAUUUGAGAUAGAAAGUAUGUGUGGGCGUCUUUAAGUAAAGAGCUGGAAUCAUGCUUAGCCUAGCUUAGCAUAAACACUAAAGGCAGGGAGAUAGCUGUUUGCUCUUCACUGUUUAAAGUUAAAAAACAGCUAAAAUUGCCUCUAAAACUCACUGAUGCUAGGCUAGCAGUUUCCCCUGCUUCCAGUCUCUAUGCUAAGCUAGGCUAACCACGUCCUGACUCCACACAGACGAGAUCUCUCCUCAUCUCACUCAUAAUUUAAGCAACUUCAAACUGAAGUUUUUAGUCAUUUAAAGAUGUACCAACGUUGUCUCUUAAUUUGUGUCAUUUGAUAUCUAAAAGUGUUGCUUCCCCCCCCCGAAAGUAUGGACCAAACUCCUUCUUUGCACUUAAAUAAAAAUGACUUAAAUACCUUCAAUAGUAAUUUGUUUUCUGUCAAAAGAUUGAUAUCAUUUGUUUGCAGUUAUUGCUCUAAGCUAGGCUAACCUGACACUUCUUUUAAAUAUUCAUCAUUCCUUUUUUACUGUGAACACUGAGAGUCGCUUUUCUAACGUUGCCUCUGUUUUCUACAUUGCUGUAAUUUCACUUUAUUUCCUGUAAAGCACUUUAACUGUUUUGAAAGUGUUUUACCAAUAAAUGUUUUAUUGUUGAUAUCAUUAA